AUGAAUCUGGUGCUUUAUAUUCUACUGGCGGUGAGCACUAUUUGCAUGGGUCAUUACAGAGGUUAUGAGGAACGUAAUCUUAUUGAAAGAGAAGAACCACAGACCGAUGGAACGUUGGUAGAAUGUCCAGUUUGUGAUAACAGUCCGUCUUGGUUUCCAAGUCACGAAGAGUGCAAUAUUGUAAAGGGUGAAAAACGGUUUAAGAAGUGUGAAAGGGGGACGUACGUGAAUCAUGUUUGCGGAAACCGUCUCGAUUGUUACCGAGGCCCCGGCGAACCGUGUACAGAGAAAAUGGAUAUAGACGUGUACGGGCAGAAGUGUGCAUACGGCUUCUACUGCGACAACAACUUCCACGUUUGUACCGGACUGGGGUACAAGGUUGAUAGCCACAUCAGAUGGUUCCUGAACCAUGCUUACCGCUACCCACUUCGCUCUCAGAAAGAAGAUGAAACUCUAAAUGCAAAAUCGGUUAUGCUGCUCUCUUAA